ACGCUGAAGUGCAAGGGACAUCAGACCCUGGAAAUAUUCGUUCAACAGAAAUGUCAUUGAAAAACUACAAAUCUUCUACAGAGUAUAACAAAUAGAACAUGAUGGACUAACAUUUACCAUCUAAGCUUGCAUAUUCAUUGUACAUUCGGAGAAAAUGCAGUUCUUAAAAGUAAUGUUACUUGUGGCGGUUGUCUGUUUCAUUUUCAACUUUGAAGGCGCCCUUUCAGAUAAUUGCGACUCUGUCAAAUGCAGUGAACCCACUAAUUGCAGAAAAGGAACAUUUAGACUUAAGAAUCAAUGCUGUGACAAAUGUAAAGGAGAAUAUGUCUGCCCUGCAAAUCUAGAAUGUAAAACUAUAACGUGUAAACAAGAUGACGAUUGCGAUCGUGGUAAAAAGUGUUGUGAUUGUGUAGGUGCGGGCACCGUCUGUUCUAAAGUGACCGGCAAUGCAGACAGCGACGAAACAAACAGUGAAGAUACAGAGAGUGACAGCAAAAAGACAGUGUCCUAUGAGAACACAAACCUUUGACAUUAAUAAUUAUAUACAUGUAGCUGAUUUGUAUUCAAUAGUAGUAUACAAUAACCUACCAUAGUGCGAUCAAGAAAUACUAGAAACAAAAUUCAUUCCGGUAUUUUUAUAGGAAAUUUUGUAUUAAAGGGUAUAUAGCUAUAUUUUAUGAAAUGUUUUUCUAUAGUUUUUAAACAGUAAAAUAAUGCUGUAUCGAUAAUCUUAUGACUGAUUCUACAAAACUAGUAACAUAAAAUGUUUCUGUUAUUCUGCACAUUAACAGUGUAUGGACACUGAAUUAAAUGAUCCGGACAAAAUACUUUUCGUACAGAUAUUUUGAAUGUACAUUUGUAUUAUUUUUCAAAACUAAAAUGACAUUUUUGUUUAGGCAGAUAUAUAGCUUUAUGAUAAACACUUUAAGUUAAGUGCGCAUUUGGAAUAUUCAAAAUCUGCAGAAGUGUAUAUUAUAUUCAAGAGAAAAUAAAGAUAAAACAAACAUAUUAUUAUAUCAUAUUUUGAACUUCAUACACAGUAUUGUUGACAUAC